AUGUUGUCAAAUUUUGAGACUUUACCCGAUGAAAUUAUAAUGAUUAUUUUGAAAUAUUGUGGUGAUGUUCAUACAAUAUUAAAAACGUUUCUUGGUUUUAAUCAACGUUUAAAUAUGAUUCUUAUUGAUAAGCGUUUACAUUUAUUAACUGAUUUUUUACAUAUUCAUGUAUGCGAUGAUUAUUAUAAUUCUGAAGUGUUCCAACAAUUAUCCAAACAGUUAUUAUCUAUAAAUACAAUAGUCGAUGAACAAAAACUUGCUUCAAUUUUACAAACAUUAUUUCGUUUUCAUAUAAAACAAAAAUAUAUUCAACUAGGAUAUGAAUUUCAAUCAUUUCUUGAAAACUUUAAAACUAUUCGUCAAUCAUUAACACAUGAUGAAAUUGUUAAAGUAGAUCAUGAACUAAAAAUAGAAUUUGAUCGUUUAUAUAAUGGCCCUAUCCGUAUAGAAUAUAUUAAACUCAUUAAAUCACUUAUUUUAACAAAAGGUGCUUCUUGUGCAUGCGAUGAUUAUGAAUUAUGCCGAUUUAAUCUGACUAAAGCCGUAAAUGAAUUAUUUCUUUCUCAUAUUAAUGAUACUGAAUCUAAAUGUUCAAUAUCAAUUAAUUCAUUUUUACAAUUAUUUAAAAUUCUAAUUAUUUCAAAUACUUCUCUAAUAAAUAAUCGAGAUUAUGUUGGUAAUGGUGGUCGUAAUCUUGAGUAUUUUCUUGCAUAUACUCUUUAUAACUUGGGACAUUAUUAUCAUGGUAGAUUUUUAAAUCCUGUCAAUAUGAAAUAUUAUCGAGUUACGGUUGACUUAUUUCUUUUUGUUAUACAAUGCCAGAAACAAAUGUUUAAAAAUGAACAGUAUAUUCGAGAGAGUAUGUUUAGCGUUAUGGAAAUGAUUUCUAAGACGAGCAAUGACAUGUUUAUUCCAGUUAUUCAAUGGGAAAUAUUGAAAAUAGUUGUUCAUGAAUAUAUUAUAAAAGCAAGCGAACCAUGGGACGAUUAUUUUAUGAAUAGAUUUAGACAAAUAUUAAAAAAUUUAAUUGAAAAUAGUCGAUUAGAUGUUCUUGUAUAUAUUUAUCGUGAUGUUGGAUUUGAACGAUUUUUUAACAUACGAAAUUAUACUCGAGAAUGUCUGGAUUUAAUGACAACAAAUCAAUGGGGAAGAAAACUAUUUUGUGUGAUUGUGGAUGAGAAAUUAUUGGAGCUUUUGUUUUCGAAAGAAGAUUUAAUAUUUAUUUUAUUAGAUAAAAAAGAACGUAAAUUAAUAGAAAAAUUAUUAAAAUUAUCACCAUGUCUCAUUCAUCAAUUAGAUGAAGAUGGAAAUGAUCCUUUACUUUAUAUAUGCCUCAAAGUUCAUGGUUGUCGACAUCGAAUUAUUAACUUUUUAAUUAAAAUGGGAUCAAAUUUACAAAGAACGAAUUAUAAAGAACAAAACUUUAUCGAUGUAUUACAAUUACAAAGAAAUCAAAAAUUAUUAAACAGACUAAUUGAGCACGAGAUAGUUAUAAUUAACAUUUAA